AAUGCUUUUGCUUUGGUUUCUUUUUGUUUUCUCUCUGUCGUUGUCCGGGCAGUGAAAGUACCAUGCCAUGCCGGAGUGCCAAUAAUUAAUAGAUGUGCUUUUUCUUGACCCAUCUCAAUAAUAACAAAAAUACUCCUGCGAAACAAACAGAAACUCUACAAGUACAGCUUCCAUCACCGAAUCCAAUGCCCAUUUCAGCAUUUUCUUUUCCGUUACCAUUUCACACCAACUGCAAUUUACCUAAUAUUUUUUGUUUUCUAACUCCUUAUGGUAUGUAUGUGUUCCCUCUCCUAACUUCUCUCUCUCCUUCUCUCUCUCCCUCUCUCUCUCCGCGUUAAACCCACGCGCUUUUCCCCAUCUUCUCCAACUCUGCAGCUGCUUCACUGAAACUUACCCUCUCCAUUAUCUCUCUCUUGGUCAAAUCUCUCUCUCUCUCUCUCUCUUUUCUUUUUAAAAUUCCGAAACAAAGUGCACCGCCAAAAGCUCUCUUCCUCUCUUAGGAUUCAGAAUUUGAAUCGAGCUUUCCAUGUGGCUGAUAGUCAUAGGUUUGGCUCAGUUGCCACAUUGUGAACUAGAAGAGACGGCCUCUGCGUUUGAUUGAAAAAGAUUGUAUUUUUGUGAAAGAUGCCAGAGAUUCAACUAGGUUCUCACACUAUAAGAUCUCAUGGAGUUAAAGUAGCAAAAGUUCAUAUGCAUGACUGGCUGAUCCUACUCCUUCUUGCUGUUAUAGAUGUUGUUUUAAAUGUAAUAGAACCGUUUCACCGCUUUGUUGGAGAGGAUAUGAUGGAUCACCUGAAAUACCCUUUGAAAGACAAUACUAUUCCCUUCUGGGGUGUUCCGAUAAUUGCAGUGUUGUUGCCUUUAUUUGUAAUUACAGUCUACUACUUUAUCAGAAAAGAUGUUUAUGAUUUGCACCAGGCAAUAUUAGGUCUUCUGUUUUCUGUGUUCAUCACUGCUGUUUUAACCGAUUCAAUUAAAGAUGCUGUUGGUCGUCCUCGUCCAGACUUCUUUUGGCGUUGUUUUCCCAAUGGAAAAGGGGUGUUUGAUCCUGUCACGAAAGGUGUCAUAUGUAAUGGAAUCAAGAGUGUUAUCAAGGAAGGACACAAAAGCUUUCCAAGUGGACACACUUCCUGGUCCUUUGCAGGUCUUGGUUUUCUUGCAUUAUACUUAUCAGGGAAAAUCAGGGUGUUUGAUCAUAGAGGACAUGUUGCAAAGCUCUGUGUUGUUUUGUUACCUCUACUUGUUGCAGCUCUAGUUGGAAUCUCUCGAGUUGAUGACUAUUGGCAUCACUGGCAAGAUGUUUUUGCUGGAUGUCUUUUAGGGUUAACAGUCUCCUCAUUUUGUUACUUGCAAUUCUUUCCACCCCCAUAUGAUGUUGAUGGUUGGGGACCUCAUGCAUACUUUCAGAUGCUGGCGGAGUCUCAAAAUGAAAAUAAUGAUGAGCCUUCAUUCGCCAAUGCGAAUGCUUUUCGUACAUGGCAAUCGGAGAUGGGAAGUGUACACGUCCAGCCAAGGGUCAACAGCAGGGAAAGUAGCCUCAUUCUGGCUGAAUUGGAAAGUGGGAGAAGACACUGAUAUUAAGCUAGAAAUAUACUUAUUGACCAGAUGUACAUGCUUAAAAGAUACAUAGGAUGUGGAAUUUGUAAUUCCUAAAUAUAUAAAUACUGUUUUUUUUUUUUAAUUUUAUUAUUUUAUUAUUAUUUUUUUAUAUAUAUAAUUUAAAUUUUAAUUCUUUAUUUGAUAGAUAUAUGAAUUUUAAUAGUAAGUUGAAUUAGUAUGAUCCUACUAAAAGUAAAGUCAACGAAGAGAAUUGGAUAAUAUGUAAUGUAAGUAUACACAAUGCUGAAAUAGAAUGAGAAUAGAAUUCUAACUAAUUAUGCAGAUGCAAA